AUGGUUGAAACCAGAACCUCUGCCAAAGGCAAAGGAAAAGCAAAGCGGCCUUCCCCGCUGAGUUCAAGCAACCCUACACUAACUAAGAAGCGACUACACCCUGCAAUCAAGCAGGCAGCACGGCAAAUGAGACAGGAGGUAGCUCAAGCUGAGGAGAAAGUGGCUUGGAUUCUACAAGCCGCGCAGACAACAGACAGCGAUGAUGAGCUCAACCAGGCUGCACCUAAACCUACUCCACCCACUCCACCACGCUCUACCAUGCAGCGCGCACCAUCAAACCCGUUGACGGCAUCACCGCGCGCUGGGAACACGCCUCCGGCAUCGGUGAGCGCUAAGCUCGCGCCACCAGCCUUCACAGCUAUGCAAUACAAAUAUUUCCCAACGUAUGCCGCAAACCCACCGACAGCAUCAUCAUACGCUACAAAUUUGUUCGGAUCAGCACCGAACCCAACCCCGGCAGCCCAGAGCUCGACGCAGAGCAAUGAAAUUUUCAGCGGAACUCCAGCACCUGAGGCUUUCCGAACACCACUGAUCCCUGGCGCAAACCCGUACUAUACCCUGAGAUCAUUGCAACCGACCAGCACAUACCAACCAGCGAAGUACGGAGAACCCGCACCUUCCACUGAACCUGUAAUCCAGCCAGCCGCAGCAGGCGUCGGAAUGGAACCACCAACACCCCAGCUACCCGCAGCAAGCGUUGCAAUAGAACCACCAGCACCCGUAACUGCGUUGCAAGAGCCAACCACAAAUCUUUCAGACACUGCCGAACCAUCAGGAAGCAAAACCAACGACAGUGAAGCUACCCCUCUGUACUCAUUCAUUCGCUUCUUGCCCCCUAAGUUUCGCAUCGUUGUUGACUUCGACAAAACGAACUACGUCGGGGACACACCCGAGCCGAUGCCGAAGCUAAAGGAACCUACCAUACCAACAACCAAGGUCGGCAUGACGACAAAUUUCGGACUCAUCGACGACGAUGGCGUACCCAUCGCCUAUGGCUUUGAACCCGCUAGCCUGCGUACCUCAAUGACGAAAAUCUAUGAGAUCGCUGAUGUGCGUGGAGGAACCCUCACACUGAAGCAUGUCCGCUUGGACCCUGAAUAUGCCACAGAAAGGCAGCGACUGCUUUGCGCCCUGAGCAUGUAUGACCAACUAUACCGCCUGUGGGAAGAAACCAUGGAGCAGUACAAGGCCGAUAUGUGCAAAUGGCGCAUAGCGCGGCGGAACUGGGAGUACAAGAUUGUCAAAAUGAAUUUUGAAGCUGGCAAACCUGUCUUCCAAGCCGCCCUAACGUCCGACGACAUCAAGCAGCUAAGGAAAUGGGUCGACAAAGAAAACAUCGUCGACCACCCCCAGAAGUCCUCACCGUGGAAUAUCGGCACGGUACACCCACACCAUCCCAAUGCCAUUACGUACGCCCAAAAAUUCCGCUCUGGACCGGCUAGGGACCAAGUCGAUGACAAGAUGAAGAAAAUCUUGGCGGUAAUGCAAAAGAUAAGGGACAAGCUCGAACCACCGCAACCCCCAAAGCCAAAGCCUUCCACACUACCGGCGCAAAUUGAAUUCGAUGACGACUCCGAAGACGAAGAUGAGUUCCAACAUGUUAACCUUGAGAACUACAUUGAAUGGUGCGUAGAGCGCCAUGUUGCAUGGCGUUCAGUGAAGAUCAAGAGCACCGACGACGUGUACGCCAAAUUUGAUAUCACCCCACCUAACCAAGUCAAACUGCAGUCAUCCGCAUGGCCGAAAGGCAUGCAUUCCUUGCUUGACCAUAUAGCUGUGAUGUGUCCACAACAACAGCAGGGCUGGUGA